CAACAAUGAUCGAAAUAUAGCACUACUGAGUUUCAGCUCUUUUUCUACAUUGCAACAAGCGGUAACAAUGAACAAAAAAGUUAUCCAUUCAGCAAACACGUGAUAGAUCAUACCAUAUUUGCAAUGUUUUCUCAUUUUGAUCUCUAAUUUACUUCGCUGUAAUUUUAGUAUAUUUUCAGCUAUUAUUAAGUGUAUUUUCCUAACCAUUUAUCAAAAUAUAUCUUCAAAAUGGCAGAUUUGAAGACAGCCCAUUCACUUUAUGUGAUUAGCAACACAUCAAAAGAUGGCCCCUUCUCAAUUAUUCCCAGCCAAAUUAGUCAGUGCAAUAAUCGACAGAAGCCGCAACUCUCGCUCUAACAGUCGUAAGAACCAUCCUCAACAUAGCAAUAGUAAACAUACAAAACCACGCAGUAGAAGCCUCACUAACAGUCCGAAACUGUUUUCAUUCUUACCAGCAACAACCAAAAAACAACCAGUUGAAGAGGCAAUCAGCAUUACGCAGCAGAGUCAAUCUUCACUUUACAAUCUCUAUCUCAACUUCGGUCCAAAUAAAGAUGCAUAUUCAACUUCUAACACCAACAUUACGUCCGGCCGUUUACGCGUACCAAAGAAACGUGUGCCACUAUUGUACGAAAUAGCCAAAGACGAACAGCUUAAUUUAGAUUUCGCUAAUUCAGAAAUGACGGUUGCCGAGAGCAUUUCGAAAUCGCGAGGUAGAAAGCGGGAGCAUUCGGGACAUAACAAAACGCACCCAGCUGGUCGCAGUCCAAAAAUGAGCAGUAGUAAUGAGACACUUGACAGUGAGACUGGAAGGAGGUUUGGGAUCCCAAAUGGAUUCUGCCCGGUGGUUCUGUCAGUCGUCAAACCGAUUAGUGUGCAGUUGGGACUCAGUUUGAUUGCUUCAAACGACGAACGCCUAGAAGGAUACUUCCAUGUUCGCAAGCUGUUGGACGCAGGUGCAUGUAAACAAGAUGGGCGAAUAAAGAUAGGCGAUGUACUGGCUAUGGUGAACGGACACCACCUGCGUUACUGGCAACAGAUGGAGGUCAUCAACCUGCUCAGAAGGCCACUCGAAAAACUUUCUCUAGUACUUCUCAGAGAAAAGGAUCCCUUUAAUAUUAGACAACGGGGUCACUACAUUCCCAAUGGGGAUGAGAGGGUCAGAAGUAGAAGUAUGGAGUCCCUGAGCACUCCUGCGAUGCCCCGAGGGAGUAGACAAAAUCUGAUUGCCGAUGAGUUUGUGCGCAGGAGCAACCCCAAUAUUAGUGCGGUGGAUGAGCCACCCAGAGACCUUUAUCUAAAUCAGAAUCCAGAUCGAAUUUCUCAAAAAUCUGGAUCCGCUCCUUCAUUGCCUGACCUGAGCUCUAAGCGACACAGUCCCAAUCCCAUUGGCUACAGCUAUGAAGGCUCAUCAAAGUCCGCAUCAACCGACAAACUAGUCUCGAAUGGUCACGUGCUGAGUGACGAAGACAGCGAAGACGAACACGAUCAUGAGAGUGUAGUGACGUCACUGUUAAAUAAGUAUAACCCCAGACGACCUUUUGACGCGAAUGCAAAACCGGAACCCAUAGUCUACACUGGCAAGGCCGACAGAAAGACAAAAGAAAAAGUUGAUAAGCUGAAGGCACAUUCUCCAACCAAAAGGAUUUUGCAAGAAUUGCCACCGAUGACUGAGAGGAAGCAAAGACCUGUCAGCAUUCCCAAGCUAGACUUAAGUGACGCCGAGAAUUCAGAUACCAAUCUCUCGCAAUUCAACGUAAAUGGAAAGGAGACCCCUCUUUACGGCGAAUUAGACAGUCGUCGAUACUCCCAGUCAAACGCCGUCGUACCAGUAGAGCACCUCGCAGCAUCACCAAUUCCAAACACUAAUGCUGCCCUGGAACCCAGAUUCAUUCCAGAAAUAAGUGACGCCGAUUUCAUUGACCCACCUCAAUUGAACUUGCAAACAGUCGCUAACCAGCCCCCUGAAGAAAGGUUCACCAACAAACCUCCAAGUCGAUUUCAGGACACCCCCACUGCAAGUGGUAGAAUAUCACAGGUUCCGAAGUACCAUUUAUCUAAACAACGAAACCAGAGGCCUUCUCGCUCAGAGCCAAGAGGCAACAGUGCUGUCGAAAAAGAUAAAUCAAAUCUACUCAGCGCCGAAUUGACUAAACUACUCGAGGAAAAAAGAUAUCGGAAGAAAUUUGAAAACCGAUCCAAAUCUGCAACCGAAAAAUUACAGCCAGGCAGUAUUGUUACACCACCAAAAUCGCCAUAUGACCAAUAUAAUAAAAAAUUCAAAUCUUCCAUUUCACAGCCAUCAAGUUCAAAUGAAAACUUAUUGCAUGCAGAUGCCAGACAAUCAAAAACUUACUCAUUUGAUGACCAGUUUCCGAAUCUAGAAAAUAAACUGAAACCUCACAAUUCGGCGUCCCUGGUUAAUCUGGACAGUAACUCACCGCCGCUGGGAUUCAAAAGUAGCCCAACUCCAUAUUCUAGAAUAGUCCCAGCAACUGAAAAACCUGCGUUUGUGCAACCCUCACCCACUAACACACCUCAAACAGCAUCUCCGGUGAGACCCAAAUCAAGACGAAACUGGGCCGCAGAAAACGAUGGUGGCAAUGAUUUUGAAUUCGCUGAUGAUUUACUUGACCGAGUCAAACAGAUAUCGCGCGAGUUUGACGUCGAUCCGACAAACCCUAUACACGAAGACUUUGGAAAAUUGCCAAUUUAUACUGACAAAAACGGAGAAAAAUACUACCAAGGGCCUGGAAAUUGUAGUCAGAGGCCUUCUUUUAUUGACGAAGAUGACGACAGUCGUGAUUAUCUGUCUUUUUUGGACGACUCGAAGGUCAAUAUUGACGAUUUCUCUCUCAUUGAUGAAGAUCGCUCUCGUAAGUCAGCAUAUCAAACUCCUGGAGACAUAUUCGCUAAUGGCUUCCAUAGCAAAACUGAAGAGCCCGGAAACAACUCUACAUCACCUUUUCCGCCAGAACCUAUGCAAAAUUACUCUUAUAUGCAGACCAAUCAAAUUAAUGAUCCAGAUUUCUCGCUGCAAAAUUUUGCCCAGUACUCGAGGGAAAACAGCAGUCCAGGUGGUAAAAGCGUCAACUCAAUUGCCUCAACGAGCAACACCUACGACAUCCUAUCAAGUCCGGAGAAAAUAAAUCUAGAAAGAAGCGCACCGCAAUUUUUUAAUCCAUCUACAAGUGCAAAUGAACUGCAGCCCAUGAGUGAAGAGAAUUCAUCCGACGAAGAUUUAUCGGCGUUCAAAGACUCGUUCACGCCACCAGAGAGACAAACUGUAACCUUGCCCGACGAAGAAAUUUUACCGGAAAAAGACGAACCUUCGUUCAGUCAAAAUUCUCAAUUGGAACGAAACAAGCCCUCCGUAUUCAAUCCGCAGCCAUUGUCACGAAGGCACAUUGCACCCAAACCUCAAGAUCGAGCAAAUCAUAAAGAACCUUUUGCUCGCGAAAGAGUCCCCAAUGUUACUGGUGCUCAGCCUCAAGAUAGGAAGAUAUCGCCUAUUCAUGAGCUAGAGGAGCAUGAAAGUCCUGAUUUUAAAGACAAAAUGAGCCAAAGGUUUGGAAGUCUUAGAGUUUCUCCCCCUGUUUCGCAUAACAACCCAAGAAUUGAAGAACUCCUAAAUGAUCAACUUUAUGCUGAUUCACUGCCUCAAGUAUCAAGACAAAGACCGAACGAAUUUAACCAUGUGCCCAGGAGUAGCAACUCUAAGCCACUCAACACUAGCACGUUAGAAUCCGAAAGCAAAAACUCGUUUACUAUAGGUUUAGACGAAACAGAAAGAGAGGGUGAAAUUUCCUACGCCUCAACUCCCACUAUUUUGAAGGAUUCCAUGGUAACCGAUUGCAGGUUUUCAGACGAUCCCAGAAAACGGAAAACUAAAAUUCCAGUUCCUAAAAUAUCGAAGGAACCCAAUGGCAAAACGGAAAACAAACCACCCGAAAAGAAACCCGUUUCAGUCGUAGAAUACAACUUUAAGACUCCGGCUGCUGUGAACCUUAUAUCUUAUGAUGAUUGGAAACUUAAGUUUUCUGAAGACGUUGAUCCCACGGAUAAAAUUCAAAAACCUAUUAAGGCUAGGAAAACUCCCAGGGUCACGUCAAGCAAAAACAGACAACCAAGUCUUCGAGAGAAAAAGAGGCGAAGCCAUGCCUCGCAAAAGUCGGAAGCGUCCAGGAAUACAACCAAGAUGCCUAAUUCCAAUCAAAGUACUACGACAAAUUCCACUCAACGUGCGAAGGAAGCUCCGCGCAAACAUUAUGAUCACCCUAUCAAGCAAGUACGAGUUAUUCCUCAAUCACAGCCUAUCAACUCGAGACCCGAGAAGCACAUGAACCGAAAAAGUUAUGACCAUCGACCUGAUCCUAACAGGUCAAAAUCAGCAGAUACUGUAUCCAUGUCUGAUCCCAAUAUCCCCCAUAAAGAGCACGAGCCUCCCUCUUAUAAAAUCGGAUUUCCAGUGUCUCGAAAUGAAGAUGAUCCUAGAUCAGAGCGAAAGAGAAACAGUUCACAUGAUGAAAAAAUGGGAUUCAAUGUUGCAUUAGGCAGCUUCAACAAGGGGUCCAGUCGCAAAAACAGUCCUUCGCCUCGUAGCUCACCAAAAGUGACUCCAAGGAACUCUCUUGAGCGUGGCAAGAGUCCUGUUCUUAGAUAUAUUCCUCCUAAUUCUAAAGCUCCCUUGAAGAAACCAUCUCCUCAGCAACCCUCACUGGUUCCCAGGCUCCCCGAAACGAAGCAAAAGAUAGUACAGCCACUAAAUUUCAUGAAACUGAACGAGAACGAUUUCAGGGCGAAACGAAAUUAUUUCGAAAUCUCAGCUAAGCUCAAGGACGGAACCAACACAGUCAAGGCGAAAGACCAAAAGCAAAAAAAUGCGAGCAACAAAACCAUAGAUCCAACAUGGAUUUGAAUUAUCUUAGGACUCAAAGUGCAGUAAAAUGUUAUUUAUUUUGGAACUUUGCAAUUGAAGGUUUAGAUCAUCA